AUGACAGCCAAGACAAGAUAUAUGAAAUCCAGAAAUUCUUGUUCCCCCACUAAAGCAGAUGAGGUGACUAAUGCUGUUAUAGAGUCAAAUGCUGAUGACUGGUUUUGCAUCAUCUGCCAGGAAUGCACAAUUGGGUGCACGAAAGCUGUGAUUCAUUUCCCAGCCGAAAUCGGUAUAUUUGUGACCUGUGUGCCUAAGAUUCCUGUAGAGGAGUUCAACAAAUAA